GGUCUUGCUCGAGGUCCAGACCAUCGAAAGGCGCAUCGUGGAGAUUGGGCGUGAGCGCAGGAAUGACCCUGCGCUGGAGAAUCAGAUUUCCGCCUAUGUUGGCAGCUUGGCCCAGCAGGAGGUUCGGAGUGAACUUGCAACUGUGGGUCUUCGAUUGCGCGCUUCCGAGGCCGAAGUCGAGGCUUACCGCGAGAGCGUCGACGAGGACUUCGCUCGCGCCCGACAGUUCUUGCACGCCGAGCAGCAGGAGUACCAGCAACGCAUCGCCGAUGCUCGGCAUGAGGCGACUGUCCACAUCCAGGCAGAGCUCAACGAGUACGUGGUCGAGCGCGAUGCCGCACUUGCCACAGUCGGCGAGGUCCGCGUUGCUGAGUCGGUCAUAGCAGCAGCUGAGGCUUCUCUCGAAGUCAGGGCUGGUGAAACUGAGGAAGCACUUCGAGGCGAGGCCGCUGAGUUGCAUGGUGCCCGCGAUUGGCUGCAUGAUGAGCGGCAGCAGGCCGACGCAGAGGUCCGGCAUCAGCGAGGGCGCAACGCCGAGGACCACGCCCAGCUUCGCGAGGAGGCCCAGCAGCUCAAUCUGAAGUUGCAGGAAGUGUCCGAUAUUGCUGAGUUGGCUCUCCGCAGACUGGCGAUUCGGGCCCAAGCGCAUGGCGGUGGUCUUCGUGGAGAGCUUCGUGAGGCUGCUGUCCGAUGCGAGGCGGCCGAGGCCGAUGCGGCCAGGCAAGUUGCAGCAGCUCUGGCCGAUGCAGACGCCAGAGUGGCCGCUGCUCAACAUGCGAAGAUCGAGUACCAGCGCGGCGCUGAUUCGGCCAGGGUCAACUUCUUCGCCAGCCAGGCGCUCCAUCACACCGAGCGGGAUCGCUACUUGGACGAGAUCGCCGAGGUUCAGACGGAGGCCAGGGAGUUGCGGGCGGAGAAGGCCGCGCUAGCGGAGGCUGCCCAGGAGCUGUUCCAGCUGCAGUCCGCCGAGGUUCAAGGCGACGUGCAGCUUGGCGCGGAGGACGAGGACGAGGGUUUGGAUUUCGCGAGCCACGGCGUCGCUGGGGCGAUGCUAGCGCUCAUGGAGCAGAUGGCCGAGCAGCAGCGGGCAGGCGCCGAGGAGCAGCGCGCGCUGCUGGCCGGGCUUGCGCGCGCUCAGGAGAACUUGGCGGAGGCCCAGCGGGAGUCGGCCUCGAAGCUGAAGCCGGCGAAGCCAGUCCUGACAGCGUCCGACGCCGCGACCUUGAAGGUGCAGCUCGAGAAGUUCAAGAUCUACCAGAACGAGUCGCGCCAGGCGAGCAAGGCUAUUUGGAUUGAGGGCGCUCGGGCGAUUGCAGAGGGCACGGCGAAGAUCGAGAUGGAGGACUCGAUCGUGACCGAGGUGGGCGGCGAGGACGCGUGCCAGGCACUGCUGAAGGAGCGCUCCAACCCCAGGUGGGAGGCGAUCUGGAUCAAGCAC